CAAGUUAGGCCUACUAUCUGUGGCAUUUGUUUUUUGUUUGGUUGUCAUGUGUAGUCGCUGUACACACUGGUGGUGGUAAACUCGUGCCCUCGAGUUACUGGCGUAUAGUUUCACAUAGUAUCAAGAGGAGAUCGUAUGGUUGCUGCCUCAUGCGGCGAGCCUUCGUGAAUAUCUCAGGUGUUUUGUUGCGGCAGCGACGGCUGAGCAAGGCAACGGCGAGAGGUGGGCGCUUUUGAUGCAGAAGGGAAGCGCCUCUUACUACGACCGCUUGGACCACGUGAAACGCCCUGCUUCUGGUGGUCCGGAAGAUCUGGGACAGCAUGCGCCUCGAAGAAUGGCCAUUAUGAGUGAAAUUGAGGAACAGGAGCGGAAAGUAGUCAAUGAAUUCUGUCAUUUGCUGGAAAAGUCCAAACAACUCUUCAACGGAUUGAGGGAUCUUCCUCAAUAUGGGCACAAACAAUGGCAAGCUUACUUCGGAAGAACAUUUGACGUAUAUACGAAGUUAUGGAAAUUUCAGCAACAACAUAGGCAAAUAUUGGACAUUAAAUAUGGUUUGAAAAGAUGGCAAAUAGGUGAGAUUGCCUCGAAGAUCGGACAGUUGUAUUACCAUUAUUACCUGAGAACAAGUGAAACCAACUACCUGAAUGAAGCAUUCUCAUUUUAUGCGGCCAUCCGUGCCCGAGGAUAUUAUUCUAAGGCGAGCAAAGAAGAGAGCUUGCCUUACUCCCACCGCUCAGAUUUAAUGGUGAAAAAAUUGCGUUACUAUGCUCGUUUUAUUGUCGUCUGUCUGCUGCUCAAGAAGAUGAAGCUUGUUCGAGACCUAGUGCGGGAACUUGCCAAGCAGAUUGAUGACUACACUGCCACAUACGAGCCAGAGGACCAGCUGGAAUGGUCUCUUGUGUUGGGCGAGAUAAAGUCUUUUAUUGAUGCUGACAACCUGGUGAAUGUGGUGGACCUGGACUCAUCCUCUAUAGUGCUUUCCCAUCGACUGAGCCCGUUAAAUACCCCACCCAUGGAGAAAGUUCCCUCCAGUCAUCUCAGCUUGCAGGAAAUUCUCAUCAUAGGCAACUGCUGUGACCAAAUGGCCGACCCUCCCCAGGUGAAGUUCAGCGAGCUGACGCUGGACAUGUUCCGGAUGCUGCAAACGUUGGAACGAGAACCACAAGAAGAUACAACACAGCUUUAUGAUGCUUCACCUGCUCCUGGAAGGGUACCUUUUCCCGAGAAUGGAGGCACAAGUGAUAGCCGUCCUGGCAAGCGUGAGAACCCACACAAGUACCUGCUGUACAAGCCUACCUUCAGCCAGCUGUUUGUGUUCCUGGCUUCGGGCUUCAAGGAGCUGCCACCCAAUGGUGUGCUGCUGCUCUAUGUGUCUGCUGAUGGCAGCUUUCCCAAUGUUAAGCACCCUGAAGAGGUUGGUUAUGACUAUGGUGGAGUGACCACCAACAGCAAACGAGAACCGGAUCACUCCAACAAGCGCAACAUCCAGCUCAAAGAUAUGCACUGUCUGUACCCUGGUGACCUGUAUCCGUACACGCGGAAGCCACUCUUCCUCAUCAUGGAUAGCGACAACAGCCAUGUGUUCCAGCACAUGCCGCGCUUUUUUGGUCAGCCACUGGUUGCGCUCAUGUCUCCUGAAGAUGUGCCACCUGCUUUCCAUGACCAACAGCACAAGGGCAACUUGCUGACACUGUUCCUGCACAGUCCUUUGACAGCCCUGUGUUUCGUGUGCCAUGUAGUCGAUGUGCCAGUCUCCCUUUGGGACAAGGCCCUGGGUCAUCUUAACCGCUUUAUGGCAGAGGCCAGCCGCGUCCUCAUACGCUCCCGCAGCAUAGAUCCCGCAUACUUGCAAUUCUAUGGUGAUGACUUCCUAAGGUUGUUGAUGCUGAGGUUUAUCUUCUGUCAUGUUGUCCUAAAACUACAUCGAAUGUUCAAGAUUAAGUAUUCGGUGGGGGACCCAGAGAACUUGUAUCAGAGGAUGCCUCAGGCAGCCAUGGGCACGCCUCCCUACCAGAGCCUGCCGGGGUCCAACUACCUGCCUCGGUCGCACCCGCCAAUCCCUGAGAGUGAGGUCUUGGACCAUCCAGCCCUGCAACGCACUAUUUUGGAGCUCGCAGAAGUGCUGGAUGUGCGCUCUCUUUUUUCUGAGAUAGAUGAAGCUGACUGACAGGCGGUAAUGUUCACCCUGGCUUGAGUGGGAAAAUGCCACAAGCUUAACCCGUCUUUCUUCCUUUUCUUCCCAUCUUCCUGCCUCCUCCUACGAGCCUUGACACACAAGUGGGUGCUGUUUGUCCCUGACACUCGAGUCCUGUUUAAGCUCUCCUUCAUACACUGUGGUCAAGCAUCGCUGCCAUGUUUGCUAGGUGACUUGUUGUGUUUAGUCUUUAUUUAUGCUGAGGAACCUAUUUUUUUUUAUGUUGCUGUUAUUCUGCAAAGGAAAUUUCACUAGCCCAGCUGUAUUCAGCUCUGGUAAGCUGCUGUUACACAGUGGAAGCCCUAAAGUAGCCUCUUUGGUAUUCGGAUCAAAGUCAAAAUAGGCUUUAGCCAUUGGAAAGGGUAAUAAAUGCACUGCCAAAAGUUGCUCUUAAGAUCAUGCUGCAAGAAUCCUUAAUGCUACUCUGCUCAUUUGCUGCUUUUUUUUUUAUUGGAAGUUGUUUCUAAUGAUCCACAUGUGGCGCUCUAUAGCAUGUUCUAACUUAUCACUCUCUUUUUAGUGUUAUGAAGGAACCUAUUAGUGUACAAGCCGAAAGGAGCUGAAGCACAUCUUAUGUGCACUUGUGUUGAUGAAAUGCCUUAACUUCACAGCUAUUGUUCAUCAAUUUGAUCCCAAGGGAUGACUUCACUGUUUGUUUUUCUAAACCAGGUUACCUUAGUUCUACAUGCGGGGUUCGUAUAAACAACCACUGAACUCUCUUAGGUGACAAAGGAAACUGUUAGCAGGGGCAAGUGCUUGUGGCUUAUUAUGUUGGUUAAAAUACAGAUUUUUGUUGGCAUCUACAUGCAAGCCUCUUUUUUGGUAUGAAAUUUUUUUUUCUUGCUUGUGCAAAAACAUAUCGAGAGAUCAUUUCCACAACAUGAACAACCUUUCCACCUUGUAUCCUGCGAAGUAAGAAGUGGACUUUUGCAGUUGAAAUGUGAUCGUUAUUCAGCUGUCUACACAUGUGACUUGUGAGUUGGGUGGUAGUGGUUGAAAGUUGCUUGUAGGGUUGCUGUGUUUUUUUUUUUAGGGCCAAUGAACAGCACUUCAUUGUUUAAAAGGUACUCACUGAUUCUGUUUAUACAAAGGGCACAAUCCUGUUAAUAUUUUAUUUUUGUGUCAUGCUGUACACUUUUAUUUUGUCUCUUCCUAUUUAUCAGUACUUUCGGUAAUGCUAAAGCUCUAUGACAAAAAAUAACUAAAAUUUAUCACUUUUCUCUUGCAAACCAUGGUUUAUGUGCAAUAGGUGAAUAACUAGCAAUUUUCCAUGCUUAUAAAGUUUUAACGCACUGGAAAAAGGCAGGACAGCUCCUUCUUUGAUAUAAUACCGUAAGCAUGUUUGGGUAGCUCAUUUUAUAAUAACCAAUGUAUUUACAGCAUUGUUGGGAAACUUGACUGACACAUAUAUGUUUUUAGACAUUCCACAAAUGGUUCAUUAGUUAUGCUGGUUCAGUUAUUUUAAAGAUUUGAACGUUUACCAAUGUUAGUGCUUAGUAAGCAAUAACUUUUACAGCCAACUUGUUUUAUUUUCAUACUUUCAAAAUCAGUUCACUAUAUAAUAUUAAAGAAAGUUAUUGUGUUAAGGUUCUGUCAAUCAGACUUGGUUUCUGAUUGCUAAUGAGCUAAAAUAUGUGAUUUCACAAAGCUUGUGUGUGUCCCGCCCGAAGAAUCUCAGCCAGUACAGUUAGACAGAGGCUCCCUUAAAAUCACUGUAUUUGUUUUGCCUUGGCAAUGAAGAGGAGUUGGUCUACCAUUUUGAACACAUGCGACAUAUCUUUGUGUUGAGUAAUCUCUAAUGUUGCGGUCACCUUAAUUUCACAUAUGGAGUGGCAGGCCACACUAGUGCAAAUUUUGUUGCAAGUAUGGUUAGAAAUCAUCAUAAUGUCCUGCAAAGUGAAUUUAACCAUAUCAGCAGUAGUCUGACUGCACAUAAUUACUUGGCUGGUUGAAUCGCUGUCAAACCGCUUAUUGUUGCACUUAGUCAUGCCAUUCCCUUUUAUUUUUCUUUCAUAGCUUUUAUGACAUAUGCACACAAAGCAUACCUCAGGGUGACAUUUAUUUUGCCUCAUUUUCUAGCAUCUCUUACUAGCCUGUUGCUAGUUUGGUCUUUUGUCAUGUUAUGUUUGCAGUAACUUUCAUAGUCCACUGAGAAGCAGCUAAGCUUUUCUAUCUCAUAUAGAAGGCUGUGGUGCAUUAGAGGAUAGUGCUGUAAAAGUACUUUUUAAUGUAGUGUUCACAGCUUAGAUAAUAUCUGAAGAAAACUGUUAUUGUUCCUGUAUAAACCAGAGUAGCACUACUUCGUCUCUGAUAGCUGGGCACAAAGUUUAGGUAUAAAUCGAUGGCUGUGUUUAAGAAUAUGCGCUACUCUGGUGCCUUGGGAAAAAGUAUUGUGCACAAGCUUUGGUAUUUUAUUACUUUAUGUUGUGUUUGCAGCACAUCUUUCAGUGUACCUUCGUUUUGUGAGGGGAAAAAGUGCAAUUAAGAGGGCUUACUUUGUAGCUGUACGUAUGAAGGUUGUAUUCAUUGAGAGAAUGUUGUAAAGUAGUUAUUCACGUUCAUUUAGUGAAACCUUUGGUUUUGAGAAUUAGGUGAUCACUGCAACAUAAGCAAACUUAAUAUAUCUCAUUGAAAAAAUGAAGAUUUUACUGUAUAUGCUCUUUAUUACACCAUCAGUUUUCACCUACCCAAAAGAUGCAGCUGUAGCAGUGUAAUGUGCUCUGUCUAUGAGACCUUAGGGUAGAAUCACUGCUUAGUGGAAAACCUUCCAAGUUUAGUUGGAGGGCUUAAAUAAGUGUACUGAGAAUGCAAACCAUCUCUUGUGCCACUAAACCAUUUACUCUAUUUUCCAGUGAUCAAGCUACAUAUUUGCAUUUGUUGCAAUCUUUCUCUUUAACAGCCCCGUGAAAAAAAAAAAAGUUUGUCUAGUCUACAAUGGCCGAAACACAGUUCCACAAUAAUGCAGUUGGAUUGACUAGUCAUCUUUAUUUCUAGUUAUGCAAAGUAAAUCUGUAAAGAAAGAAACGGUGAAAGCUUCAAAUAAGAUGAAAAUUUCAGCAAGUAGGUGAACUACCAUAACGGAACAGCGUGAAUAGAAAUGGGAAACAAGAUAAACACUAACUUGUUUCCCUUCUUAUCCUAUGUGUGCCGGUUGCUCAUGCUAUAUAGGCUAGUGAAAUGGUGCUUGAGCUUGAUUAUUAUAUAUUAGUCGUUUUUGUUAUUUUGUUGAAUUAGCUACUCCUGAAAACUUCUUUUAUUGUAUUAAAAACAUUGAAAUUGGC